GAUGAUCACAGUGAGAGCUGCUGACAGAGGACCAUGAAGAUGUUGGUGGUGUUUGUGAUCCUCGUGCACGUUUCCCAGCAUGCCUCAGCUGUGGAGCUGUACGAGGGGGAGCCGUUCGUCCUGCUGCCCUGUGAGUUUCCCACGUUUGAAUUGGGUGGCCCCUCGGUGGUGUGGAGCCGCUCCGACCUCAGUCCUCCGACCGUCCACCAGCGUCAGCUGCGAGGAGACGAGCUGAAGGAGCAGAACCAGCGUUACAGCGGCCGAACAUCCAUGAAGACUGACGCUCUGGAGACUGGAGACCUCAGCCUGAAGCUGACCGACCUCCAACUGUCUGACAGCGGCACCUACACCUGCUCCAUCAGAUCAUCUAGAGGAGCGUGGAGACUGAGAGAUGUACAGCUACAGGUCAAAGAACCGUUUCCAUCCUGGGCCACAGCUCUCCUGGUUCUCCUGGGUCUGGUUCUCGUUGUUUCUGGAGGUCUUUUAUUUCAUUUCCGCCACUAUUUCACAUCCGUUUACAAGGUGGAGGUGGAUUCAGGGGUGGAGUCUGUCCAGCUGCUCUGCAAAACCACAGUUCACCUGCCUGGAGAUGCUGAAGUGGAGUGGAAGGACAGAGAGAACAGGAAGGUCCACGUGUAUCAGAGCGGCUCUGACCAGCCUGGAGAACAGGACCAGCUUUACAGAGAGAGGACCAAGAUGAAGAGAAACCUGCUGAGAAUUGGAGACCUCAGUCUGACCCUGAAACACCCCCGAGACAAAGACACCAACACCUACACCUGCACCGUCUACAGCAGGGAGGGAAACAUCCUGAUGAAGAAAGAAAUGCUGCUCACUGUCAGAGUCCCCCAGGUGGAGGUGGAGAAGGGGGCGGAGUCUGUCCGGCUGCCCUUCAAAACCACAGCUCACCUGCCUGAAGACACUGAGGUGGAGUGGUGGCACAGUUCUGCCAAUCCUGACAAAGAGGACCAGGACUACAGAGAGCGAGCCAAGAUGAAAGCAGACCUGCUGAGAACCGGAGACCUCAGUCUGACCCUGGAUCAGCCCACAGAGAGAGACAGUGGGAGGUACAGCUGUGUGGCCCGGAGCAAGGGAAACAUCAUUGGAUGGAAGACAGUGCUGCUGAUAGUUAAAGGGAAACUUCAGGACAUCAGGAACAGAAGCAGCUCCGCUGAUCCGACUCCUCUGAUGGCCGAUCAAUCAGUUUGAUUUUGAUUAGUGAUCAGUGAUGUCAGAGUGGAGUCAGUGUGAUGACAGAGAUAUGAACACAUAAAUAUGAUGUAGCAGAUGA